AUGUUUGACAACCGAGGCGCGCUCUGCGCCUGCCGCUUCCCGGAGCUGCGCAGCCUCAGCCCCGGCGCCCCCUCCCCCCGCGUCUGCGCUCCUCCCCCUCCCGCGCCGGCCUCCCCCAUCUUCCCUUCCCCCUCCCCCGCCUGGGCUGGGAGCAGCUGUGGCUUGCACAGGCCUUUCCUUCCCUCAGCCCACUUGUGGAGCGGGACCCGAGCGGGCUGGGGGGCGGCUCACGAAAAGUCCGCGGCCAAUGGUCUGGAAUCUGCCCCGCCAGGGCUUUUGCUGCUCGUUUCCUGUUUACGUUGCGCGGCCAAGCUUUCAGAGACCUUUGAGCCGGGUUGGGGGGUUGUACCGUCCCGAGCUCGGGCUGCAAGGGGAGGCCCCGCGGGCUGCCGCAGCCCCCCGGCCGUGCCGGGACACAAGUGCUGUCCAUCCUACCUUCUAUCCCUCCUGCACUUGUGUGCCCUCCUGCUUCUAGGGGGCGAGCGCAGGCCACCUGUGACGGACAGCUCGGACCUCCCACCCCCCAGUUUACCCUUCCAUCGAACCCUCGGUCAUCCGCCUGUGGCCUCUGCUUUCGGGCCAUUUUACUGGCCUGGGCAUUUCCAUCAGCGCCACAUGAGGAAAGGGGCAGGGGUCGCCCGAAUCUUUGGGGUACGGCUUAGUUGGGUUGCAGAUUUAAAACUCUUGGACAAUCUGAGGUCUUGGACUUUGCCCUUCCUCAUUAUCACCAACCAACAAUUUGAGUUCUACAAGCGUGACGCCACUCGGAUAUUUACAUCAAACAAUGCCAUUUGCAGAGUUUGCAAUUGUCCGACUGAAUCUGACCAAGGAGCCUCGAGAAGAAACCCGAGGGCCUAGCAAAGGAUGAAAGAAGCAAUAGUCUCCAAGAGCCAAAGCAUCUCCUUCCUUGUCUGAAGGCGGAAAUGGCAAAGAGAUAAAGAAAGAAAGGAGGGAGGCUUGCCAACUUCCCGCUGCAUCAGAGCUGCUGCCUUUUGUGAGUAAAGUGGAUAGUUCUCUAAACUCAUUCAAAGUACUUCCUGUGGUUUGUCUCUGCUCAACAAAUUAGUGAGCCGAGGUUUAUGAGGCAGAAGGUACUAGGCUGAGACCUGCUUUUUGCAAAGUCACUGAAAUCCUGCUUUGGUU